ACUGACAUCUAAUGUUAUCCAUGGCAAGAUGAGUGUACAGUAAAUGCGAAGGCUACCAUUAUUUUGUAGAGUGCAGAUGCUUGUUUGGCUUCAGAACAGCGGGAUCAUUAAUUUGUCUGAGGUACCACUGAACCAGUCUCACCACAAAUAUGGCCUCUUCUGGUGAUAUUCAGGUGAAGGAACUCGACAAGCGUGCCUCUGGGCAGGCAUUUGAAGUGAUCCUCGGAACCCCCGCCCCGGACGCCAAGGGCGAGUUCCCCUUGUCGCCCCCCAAGAAGAAGGACCUGUCUUUGGAGGAGAUCCAGAGGAAACUGGAGGCUGCUGAGGAGAGGCGCAAGUCACACGAGGCUGAGGUUCUGAAGCACUUAGCUGAGAAGCGCGAGCACGAGAAGGAGGUGCUUCAGAAAGCUCAGGAGGAGAAUAACAACUUCAGCAAGCUGGCUGAGGAGAAGCUCAACCAGAAGAUGGAGGCUAACAAAGAAAACAGAGAAGCACUUCUGGCGGCCAUGAGCGAGAAGUUCAAGGAGAAGGACAAGAAAAUUGAGGAGGUCCGCAAGAACAAGGAAACCAAAGAGCCUGAGGGUGACGGGUGUGCAGGAAACUGAACAUUACAAUCAAAGGGGAUGGGGUGGGAGGGUUACGGGGAGUGAUACUAAAGGUUUUUUUUACACAUCCAAAGAUUUAUUUUUUCCUUUUGUUUUGACAGCCAGUAUCUUUGUUCACUGCCUACCUUUUUGAGAAAAAAAAAGAAGAGAAAAGUUUAACUCCAGUGCAUUGCUUUCCACCAGAUUAAACAGUGAUUCUUGUCGCCACAGCAACAUUCACCCAUGGCGACACUUGCUGGUUCUGUAGCAGAGAACGCCUCUCUUGGGCAGGUUUCCCCCUAAAGACUUUGCCAUCCAUGGCCUACAGCUCUAUUCAGAUCCUGGUUGGGGAACAAGGUGGAGGGGGAACCUGCAUCUGUGGCGUUUCCCUGCGGAUUUUAGUUUGUGUCUACAUUGCUAUGGUUCUUUUUCUUUGGUCUCUUGAGUCUCUUGUCCAUUUCUUUGGAUGUGUUCCCGAGCAUCUGCCAACUUCGGAAACGGUCUGGGUCCGCUCCGCUCCGUUCCUGAUCCUGCAGGACCGGUGUUGGAACAGUUCCAGACUCGUUCUAGAGAUGGCCAUCUCCUAGAUUUGUUCAUGCAGCUUUUGAUCUUGGCUAUUAGCAGCAGUGUUCUUACCUUUGCUUUUUUUUAUAAAACAAACAAAAAAAGAAGCAUGUCUCUGUGCAUAGAACUUUAACAUGUAUCUAUUGCAUACUGUGCGUUUGGAAAUGUGACCCUGUGAAGUUCAGAAAAAAAAUGACCUGUUUUUAGCACUUAAACAGAACAAAACAAGAAGUAGCACACGAGUUCUCCACAUGGGCGUGUUUGGUUUCUCUCUAUCUUGCUCCCUUCUGUAUAUUGCAAAUCUUCAGGUAGAUUACGCUUUUCCAGAAUCUGCUAGUUUUCAUUGAUAGACGGUACCGGCCCAGACUUGCAGUUAAGGGACAGAUCUGCCUCUGAGCCAAGGUCCAACCGGGCCCCAGCUGUGGCUCAAUUUUGGGCCUACUGCGGGCUAGGUCUGUUCCAGAAUCUGUUCCUGCUCUCUGGGAAGUGUGUAUGUGUGUGUUGUCUUAAUGUCUGCCCCCAGUGCUGCUGACAUCUUUGCUUUCAUGCUUUCAUACACCGGGAGAGCCGGUGUCAAUCUCAAAGCACAUGACUUGUUCUCCACCAGACCGACGGGGUGUGGGGAAGCCAUCUUGGAAUGGGACUGGAGAAAAUGAGGGUCUACACACAAGGAAGGCAAAUGAGCAAUACAUUUUUGGCAUCACGAUGGGAAAAACAUGUUGACUUAAAACUGUUGUACUAAAAAAAAUAAUAAUAAAAGUAGGAGAAAAUUCAA